CCGCCCGCCGUUGUGAUGCGUAUUCCCGUAGACCCGAGCACCAGCAGGCGCUUCACUCCCCCGUCCACGGCCUUCCCCUGCGGUAAGAUGGGCGAGAACAGCGGGGCGCUGGGGGCCCCCGCGCCGGGCGCCCGCGCUCGGCCCGAGGUGCGCUCCGUCGUGGAUGUCCUGGCCGACCACGCCGGCGAGCUGGUGCGCACCGACAGCCCCAACUUCUUGUGCUCCGUGCUGCCGUCGCACUGGAGGUGCAACAAGACGCUGCCCGUCGCCUUCAAGGUCGUAGCGCUCGGAGAUGUCCCCGAUGGGACCGUGGUCACGGUGAUGGCGGGGAACGACGAGAAUUACUCGGCGGAGCUGCGCAACGCCUCUGCCGUGAUGAAAAACCAAGUAGCGAGAUUUAACGACCUCAGAUUUGUUGGGAGAAGCGGCAGGGGGAAAAGCUUCACCCUGACCAUCACCGUGUUCACCAACCCCACCCAAGUGGCCACCUACCACCGAGCCAUCAAAGUGACCGUGGACGGACCCCGGGAGCCCCGCAGGCACAGACAAAAGCUGGAAGACCAAGCCAAACCCUUCACUGACCGCUACGGAGAGCUGGAACGGCUGCGCCAGUCCAUGAGAGUCACCCCAACUACACCCAACCCCCGUGGAUCCCUCAGCACCCCGAGCCACUUCGGCUCCCAGGCUCAAACUCCAAUCCAAGGCACGUCAGAGCUGAGCCCCUUCUCGGACCCGCGGCAGUUUGAGCGCUCCUUCCCCACGCUGCCGGCGCUGACGGAGACGCGUUUCUCCGACCCGCGGAUGCAUUACCCUGGCGCCAUGUCCGCCGCCUUCCCCUACACGGCCGCGCCCUCGGCCACGGGCAUCGGGGGCAUCAGCAUGACCAGCAUGCCCACCACCACCCGCUUCCACCACACCUACCUGCCGCCCCCGUACCCCAGCUCCACGCAGAACCAGAGCGGGCCCUUCCAGGCCAACCCUUCUCCCUACCACUUGUACUACGGGACGUCCUCGGGCUCCUACCAGUUCUCCAUGGUGGCGGGAGGCGAGCGCUCGCCCACCCGCAUGCUCUCGUCCUGCACCAGCGCCUCGGCGGGGAACAACCUGAUGAACGCCAGCCUGGGCGCGCAGAGCGACGGCGUGGACGCCGACGGCAGCCACAGCAAUUCCCCCACCGCCAUGAGCACCACGGGCAGGAUGGAUGAGUCCGUCUGGAGACCCUACUGAGGAGCAGCUCAGCUGGGCACCCGUGUCUUUAACUCAAUCAGCCACCGUGGCUCCUUUUGCGAGCGACCAAAGUGAUGCCAAGGGAAAAGUCAAACCAAAGUCUUCCAAACCCAAAGUUAAGGAUCCUCUGCAUGCAAACAUCAAGCGAAGAUCAACCAAGACCUUUGUUGCAUUUCAAGGUGAACACCCACGAGGCUUGAAUGUGUCGCUUGAUGUGGUUCCUUCCGUAUGUUUUAGGUAUGUGGAUUGUACAUAGGGAAAAAACCCCAAGGACGUGUGGAAUCAGAUGUUUGGUACUUGCAGAACACUUCUCGUUCAUCUCACUCGCACCUCUUCCCCACACAAAGCAUUCAGAAGUGAGGAGAAUCUCACCCUUCCUCUGCAAAAUGGUUCAGAGAAGAGGAGACACCAGGGAGUCAUCCGAGCCAUCUCUCUGCCAGUGCAGGAGGACCGAACUUACCUUUAAGAAAAAAGGAGAAAAAAAAGAAAAAAACCCCAUUGUCUCCUGUCCUUCCCUCCCCGCUGGUGAAGGGUCCCUGAGCACCAAAGAGCAGUGGGGUUUGCAGCACAGCCAGGGGCACUGGGGCUCAGUCAGCCACGUGAACAAGAGCUGUGAUGUGAUUAUUGUUAUUAUUUGUUGGUGACACAAGUUGUAUUGUUCAUUUUGGUGUCACUGUCGUCGUUUGUCAAUCAGUAACGUGGCUGACCCUGGCCUGGCUGACCCCUCCUCCAUGUUUACACAUGAGAUGUACUUUUUAUGGAGAUGUUUUGUUUUGUUUGUUUGCUCUCUUGUCCUGACCUCACCGUUCAGCCCUUUGCUCCCCUUAGCAAACCUCAGUGAUGGUGGCCGAAGUGAAGGCGGCGUUCAGGACAAUCUGAGACAUUUGAGAUGCACUUCCAAGGGGCUCAGGAGCCUUUGGCACAGCCUUGCCACCAUUUUCCAGAUGUUCCUUCCGUCCCCUCUGAGUGGCAACACUCACAGCUGGUGGCAAAGCAUCAUAAUUCUGUUCUGGUCCUUUCCCAUGUUCUCACCCAGAAAGGAUUAACACAAUUUUUCAUUUUGACUCACAUGUGUCAGUUCAUCCUGAAAGCUCUGAGAUCUGGAAGGGGCAGUUUCUACUCCUGGUGGUGGGAAUGUUGUGAAUUGAUGCUGUGCAGUCUUUUCCAUCCCCUCACCCUCCUGUCCUUCCCCGGGUGACCCCGAGCAUGGGGAUCUUGCUGUAGAGGAAUAAGCUGAAGAGGGGGCACUCAAGGUGCCACUGGUGGCGGUGGCAUCAGGUGGCAUUUGCAGGAACCAGGUGUGCCAAUCUCCACACACCCUCACAGCUGACACCACAGAGAUUGCAACCAAACAGGGCCAUGGUGGGAGGCAGCUGUGGGCCCCUCCAAAGCUAGCUCGGGGGCUUGGCUCUGAUGCACAACACAGGGUUUGUCACCUCCUGCAGGCCACCUGUGCCCUCUGCUGGCAUGAGAAUUGGGGCUGGAUUCAGGAUUUUUCGUGCUGGGAGGGCACAGACAGAUUCCUGGGGAUCCAUAACUGCAGUCCCCAGUGCCCUGCAGAGCUCUCCCCACAGCCAGAGGACAGUCCCAGCCCCAGUGCCACCAGUAACUAUGCCUUUCUUUUUCCACUUCUCCCAUAAACACAAGAAAAUCGAAGGCCCAGAGCUGCCCUCCUGGCCCCUGUGCCUCAGUCACACUGUCCCAGCCUUGUCACCUGUCCCCAGCUCCCAGCUGGCAGCCGGUCACCCUCAGCACAGAGCGCUGGAAUUGCACUACCACGGCGAGGCUGGAGCAGCACAUCCUGGCUGCCCUGGAGAGCUGCCAUGACCACUCAGAGUUCCAGAAGCAACGAAGAACAACUCUUUUCAAUAUUAAUAAUAAUAAUAAUAAUAAUAAUAAUAAUAAUAAUAUUUUUUAAAAGCCUUACCCCAGCAUAACUGCAACCUCCACUUGCCUUAGCGCCGGUGCUCGCCAGCUCUGGAGCUGGACAGGGCAGCCUGUGUUUUGAUGCCUUUUUGCAUUUGUCAUCCCGUCCCACUGGUUGAAAGCACAAAGGAAACAAGGCAUUCGUAGUUGUAGGUUAAUUUAAGACUGUUUGUAGUGAGUUUUAAAAGAGAAAAUAAUAAAAAGAAUGGCAACGAUGUUGUUUUUAUGACAUAUUGUCAUGUGAAGGUGUAAAUAGAUGCACCUCUGUUGUAUGCAAAUGGUCACGAGACAGGCCAAUGUUUUUUGCUUUGCACUAUAAUUUGCUUUUUUUAAAAAAAAAAGAAUGCACAAUCGCUUGUACAGUAAAGCCCCUUUGUCUGGCUCACAGAAUAUUUAACUAUAAAAUCUAAUUUUUGGUCUUAUUUGUUAUAAUAAUAUAAUUCUUAAAUGUGUUGAAGGAUACGAUUCUUAAUAAUGCUUCUAAUACUUGUAUGUGCAGGGUAAAAGAUCACCAGACUAAGGAGAUGAGAUCAGAGAUAUUUGUAGCUAAAGAAGGCUAAAGUUGUUGGGUUUUUUAAUGGUGUCUUAUGAUGGACAUUAAAAAAAAUGCUAGUGAUACCAAAAAAAUGUGGUUAUUUGUGUAAUACCCCAGCCCUACUUGAAGGUAAUGCCCUAUAUUUAAUAUGUAGCCCAAUUUUUAACCUGUAGCACUUGUCACUGGGGAGGGGGGAGGUGGGGAGGGCAGAGGAAGAGGAAGAGGAGGGUCUGCUCCUGGAGAAGUCAUCGGGGAAGCUGCGGCUGGAGGAGUCUCCCGGCUCUGGCUUCCCUAGAGCAGCCGGGCUCGGCGGGGCUGGCGUGGGGACAGAGCCCCGGCUCGGGGACAGUUCUGCUUUUCUGGUAUGGGGUGAUUUCUGCUCCGCGGGCCGUGGCCGUGUAAUCCUGUCAAUGCCAUGUGGAUCAAUAAACGAUGGUUACAAUGGC